CCGUCUGUGUGAGUCUUUGGUGGUUUGAUUGAGCUGAGGUCUAGAGAAAUUAAAAUUUGAGAAAAAUGGCUAAACCAAAGAAAGAAGAGUCAUCUGAUGAAGCUAAAAAGAUAGUAGACGAUGCGAAGAACUUUAUUGAAAAAGCUAUUGCGGAUAUUGGUUCGACAACGGCAACGAAGCAGCUAAUUUUAGGAACUGCGUCAGGAUGGAUUACAGGAUUUAUUACAAUGAAAAUUGGUAAACUUGCUGCUGUUGGCAUUGGUGGUGGUGUAAUUUUACUGCACAUUGCGAGUCAAAAGGGUUAUAUAGACAUAAAUUGGGACAAAAUUAACAAAAGAGUUGAUAAAAUUACUGAUAAAAUUGAAAAGGAAGCCACAGGAAAAUCACCAGAUUGGUUUGACAAAGUUGAGAGAUUUGUGGAUCGUAAAAUCGAUAAAGCAGAAGGAUUAUUAAAGAAAAAAGAAUUUAAAGCUAAACGAUGGUAUAAUAAUUUCAUAGGCGACGACCAAUAUCGUGCAACAGAAACACAUGUGUUUUUGACAUCCUUUGUUGCAGGAAUGGCAAUUGGCCUCCUGUGUGGUAAAUAAUUGUAUAACAAUUUGCUGCUUGUAUUAUUAUUAUAAUUUUUAGCUUUAGGUGAAAUCUCACAUUGUUAAUCUUAGAUUAGUUAUUAUUAUACUAUUUUUAUUUAAUAGUUAACAUCAGAUUAAACAUUCUUAAAUUAAUCAAAACUAUUUGAGGUUUGUUAACUACUUUUAUUUUAAAGUUGUGAUUUAAAAAAAAACUUCUUAAAUUUUAAUAAUAUUUAAUCAAUAAAGUAACAUAUAGUACAAA